AUGGACAAGCUGAAGGUGAAGGCGAGGUCUGCGCGCAACAGGGUUGCCGAACAAGCAUCGCGAGGUUCCGGCAGCGCCUCGCUUUCGGUUCCACACUCGGCGCUUCCUCCGGAAGACAACGCGAGCGUGAGAGCAGUCAACGAAGGCUUCAUAGGACCUCAGCCUGGAACGACAGCGCGCGACUUCGCCGACACCCCAGCACCGCAGCCAGCCAUCGAGCCUCCUACCUCGUUGCAGUCGUCUGUAGACGCGGGAAAGCCGGUCCCUGUCCCGCCCAAGAAUGGCAGUCGCUCAAAGGCGUCGUCGAGUCUCCAGGUGCCGACCCCAGGGCGGGCGAGGAGCAAUUCGGCUCCUAACGCACCACCACCGCCUGCGCAACGCCGCCCCUCUGCUGGCGUUCGCCAGUCCAGUAUCGGGAUUAGACGAGUGCCCUCGGCGGGCGCGCUGCGACAAGUCGCCUUGAGUCCGAACGCGUCCACACAUCAACUAUCAGGAAGCACUUCACGCCUACCGGCUUUGGAGGAGGAAUGCCAGUUAGAGCCUGUCUCGACGGGUUCAACGAGCACCACGGAAUCAGAUACACCACGGCCAGAGCCUAGCCGGUUGAGGAAGGUCAGCAGUGCUAUUCAGACAAGGCUGCCGUUCUGGAAGGGUAAGGAGAAGGAUGAGGAAGGCGAGAAGGCGCCUAUGCCAGCGGCAGCGGCGGAACCGCCCAUGCAGUAUUCUUCGAACAUGGUUGACGUGCUCGACACCCUCGAUCCCGAAGUGCAAACCCUGACGUCCCUUACCAAUAUACAAAACUCCCUCUUCGUGCCCAAUCUGGGUCGGUUCGUGAAUCGCAGACCUACCUACAACAUACAGCGCCCACCUAGCGAGGUUCAGAGCUUGGAAGAGAUCAAUUCGAUCUUGGCGCCCGCGCAACAAGCUCAGUCGGAGGCUGCGCCGACGUUGACGCGGACACAGACCGGCGGUACAAUGGCCACUCUAGCCACCAUUGACUCGCGAAUGAGCGAUAGCCGAUACGCUGUGCUUCCUCACGGUGCAUCGCUGGAAGGCUGGACCAAAGAAGACAAGAAGGAGCUCAAUGAUCACGUCCGUCACAUGUUACAUUCGAGGAGAUCCAAGUUCAAGCGUUCUAUGAGGGGUUUCGGGCAGUAUGUCAAGCGACCCUUGGGAUUCUUAGUCACCCUCUAUGCGACUCUGAUCACCCUAUUCGGUCUCGCAUGGGUGCUCUUCCUGAUCGGCUGGAUCAACGUUGGCGGGAAGCAGAUCUACGUCGUCCACAUUAUCGACAGUGUUUUAGUCGCCCUGUUUGCCAUCGUUGGUGACGGUCUUGCUCCCUUCCGCGCGAUUGACACAUACCACAUGAUCUAUAUCGCUCAUUACCACCACUAUACGUGGUCGCGUCGGAAGAAAGAUUUACUGCCGGAACUCCGCGAUCAUAACGAUUUACCAACCGGGAAUGCCCCGAUGUCCGGACGGAACGGCGAUUCUGACCUUGAGGACCCGGAGAAGCAGUGGGAGUUCACCGUUCUCACGCCGAAACAGCAGGCCAAGCUUGAACACCAUGAAUCAAAGUUCUGCAAAUCGCACUCCUUUUAUAAGCCGCAUGAGACAGAAACGCAUUACGCUUUCCCACUACGCCUGCUAAUCGCCAUUGUCGUACUCCUGGACUGCCAUUCCUUGCUCCAGAUCUCCCUCGGCGCUUGUACCUGGGGCAUCUACUACAAGGUUCGGCCCUUCGCACUCACGACUGUAAUUCUGUGCUGUUCGAUUACAUGUAAUGCAACCGCAGGCCUGCUGAUCAUGAUUGGCGAUCGGAGGACGAGGAAGAAGGAUGUGCUAGAGCGCAUGAACAGGCAGGACCUGACUGAGGAGGCUAUGCAUAAGGUAGAGAAGAAAAAAGACCGCGAAAGCGAGAGCGAACGGGAGGACGGGGAUUCAAGCAAAAAGCAAAGUAGGAGCAGCUUGGAUAUUUUGCGGAAACCGUAUUCUCACCGCAGCGGGAAGGAGAAGGAGAAGGAGAAGGCAGUGGAAAGUGCAUAUCCAUGA